AUGCCUCAACCUGGAAGCCCUUUGUUGCCCACAGGAUUGCCACCGUGCAGUCCAAUGUUCCGCCUCAAAAUUGGAGGCACGUGGCCAACCAAAAACAACCCGGCGGAUUUGGCUACCAGAGGGAUAACGCCGUCGGAGCUCCUGUCGUCGCAUCUAUGGUGGAGUGGACCCUCUUGGCUCGUCGACCCCCCAGAUCUGUGGCCUGCAUCACCUCUAGGAAAGGUCGAAGAGGCGGACUUGGAGAGGGGUCGAGCACAAAUCUACCUGGCAAAGGAAAACGAGGAGAACGAUCUCCUAUCAAGGUUUUCAAGUUUAACACGCUUAACGGCAGUGAUUGCUCUCUGCUCUAGAUUUCAUCGACUUACCAGGAACCUGAACACCGAAACCGGGUUUAUCCGGACUUCGGAGCGAGACGCUGCUCUACGGAUCGCUAUCGGGCUAGCUCAGAAGUCCGAUUUCCAAUCAGAGGUCGACCAGCUUCAACAGAGCAAGGAGGUACGGCGAUCUUCCGCUCUUAGGGCCUUGAAGCCCUUCCUGGAUGACCAAGGACUACUACGCGUCGGGGGCCGCCUCGACCUAGCCUCUAUUCCCUACAACGAGAGGCACCCUUACAUCAUCGGGAAGAAGAAUGCUUUGGCUACUCUUUUGGUUCGAGAUGCCCAUCUCCGUACCUUGCACGGAGGACCGCAACUCACCAGGAGCAUGCUGGCGCGACGCUACUGGAUAAUCCAUGGCCGUUCGUUGGUGAAAGACGUCAUUAAAGGGUGCGUAAAAUGUGCUCGCUACAGUGGUAGGCCGACCACGCAGCUGAUGGCCCCCUUACCGCUCGAGCGCAUCACUCCUCGGCGACCCUUUCUUUCCACCGGGGUGGACUAUGCCGGACCGGUGAAGCUGCGGACAUCACCAGGAAGAGGACACAAAUCCUAUAAGGGAUAUAUAGCGCUGUUCAUUUGCCUUACUACACGCGCAAUUCAUCUUGAAGCUGUCUCAGAUCUUACCUCUGCCUCAUUCCUAGCCGCUUUUCGCAGGUUCGUCAGUCGCAGAGGUCGCUGCGCCACCAUGUUGAGCGAUAAUGGGACCGUUUUCCACGGAGCGGACCGGGAGUUGCGCAACAUGUUCCGCGGCGCCUCCGCCUUUUACUUAGACGCCGCAGCUUCGUUGGCAGCCGAUGGCACGGACUGGAGCUUCAUCCCUCCGUAUGCUCCGCACUUCGGGGGCCUAUGGGAGGCAGGAGUUAGAACGGUUAAGCACCACCUACGGAGAAUCGUCGAAAACGCUACGCUUACCUUCGAGGAGAUGACAACGCUCUUGUGCCAGGUGGAAGCAUGCGUAAAUUCACGGCCGCUACAUCCACUUUCCGACGACCCCUCGGACCUGUCGGCAUUAACACCCGGACACUUUUUAAUCGGUGAACCCACUUGUAUCGUUCCGGAUCCAGAAUCCGAAUCGCAUAAUAUUUCUCUUAUUUCGCGUUGGCGACAAAUAUCUAUAUUACGUUCUCACUUUUGGCACAGGUGGAGGCGGGAAUAUCUGCAAAGCCUUCAGCAGCUUCCCAAAUGGCGUCAGCAGAAGGAGAACCUGGAGCUGGGGACACUAGUGUUACUACGCGACGAAUCGCAACCUCCGGCAAAAUGGCCGCUGGGCCGGGUCGAAGCCCUUCAUCCAGGGCCAGAUGGACGAGUGAGAGUAGCCACCUUCAGAACUAUUAGCGGUUCUGUCACCAGACCAAUAGUCAAGUUGUGCCCCCUCCCGGUGUCUUCUGCUGACGUCACUUCAUCUGCUUCGACGUAA